ACAAACCGAAAGCCUCAUCGGCCUCGCCUUGCUCGCAGAGAAAAAAAGACAGCGCGCGACGUCAACGCCGCAAUCGCGUCUUCAAGGAACACAGACUACCAGGCAUACUGACGACUCGGCACCCGUCUCACGCAAUCAUGGCCACCACUUCGAUGGACUACGAAGCCGCGAAUGGCGACCGGUUCGAGGACGAGCCUCCUCGCAACUACGACGAUCGCCGCAGCGCUUCGCCUCGCAACGACGAUGUGGUCGAACGCCGCCGUUCGGCCUCUCCCAGCAACGGCGACCGCUCCAUCCCCAAGGACGAUGACGACCGCAAGGAGUCAGUCGGUGCCUACAACCCAGGUUCCAACCUCUUCGUGACUGGCAUCCACCCUCGCCUCGUUGAGGCCGAGGUCACUCGCAUGUUCGAGAAGUAUGGCGAGGUCGAGAAGUGCCAGAUCAUGCGCGACCCCCACACCCAGGAGUCGCGCGGUUUCGGCUUCGUCAAGAUGGUCACCCCUGAGCAGGCCGACGCCGCUAUCGAGGGGCUGCAGGGCGAGGCGAUCGAGGGUCGCACUCUCAGCAUUGAGAAGGCUCGUCGUAACCGCCCGCGCACGCCCACCCCGGGCAAGUACUUUGGUCCGCCGAAGCGAGAGGGCGAGCGUGGUGGUGGUGGCGGCGGUGGCGGCCGCGGCGGCGGUCGUUUCGACGAUCGUCGUCGUGGCGGCGGUGGUGGCUACGGCCGCGACGACCCGUACCGGUACCGCGGCUACGAGCGCCGCUAUGAUGAGCGCGAGCCUCGUGGUGGAGGUGGCGGCGGCGGCUACCGUGACGACCGUGGUUACGACCGCAGCGGUGGCCCGCCUCCUCGCGACGACCGCGGCUAUGGUCGCCGCGAGCGUGACGACGGAUACCGCUCCGACCGUUACCGCGAAGACCGCGACCGCUUCAGCGGCCCUCGUGAGGACAGGCGCCCCCCGCCUGCGGACCGCGAGCGCGAGCGCUUCGAUCGUGACCGCGAAGGCCCGCGCUCUCGUGACCCUCCCCCGGCUGGUGGGUACGAUGGCCCUCGCGGCGACUCUCGCGAGGCGUACGGAUCUGAGCGCCGCUAAGCCGUGAUAAUGGGCUCUGGUGGCCAUUGCGACAUCGGCAAUUUACCUUAAUGUAGGAACAUUUUUCUUAUGUUCGUGCCGCGGGCGCAAAGGGGGCAAAUCAGAUAUCCAAACCAUGACUUCUGGAGUUCUUCGGCUUGCGGCAAACCUCAUCGUCAACGGCUUCCUCGUCACCUCAGCACCACCUGACUUUUCCUUGAUUUCCCUUGCCUUGAUUUCGGCCUCAACUAGAAUCCGACCUGGUCGCCCUGCCUCUCGCUGUCUUCCAUAUGGACGGCUUGUUUCAAACGGUCAUCGUUGAUGCUGGCCGAUCCCCCCCAGUAAUCCUCUCUAUCUCCUUUUAAUGCAACACAAAAACGGCGGAAUUUAUGAAACUGGUCACCGGCGAUCUGGGAGGCACCCUCCUCAUCACCACUCGCCCAUUGGAUUGUUUACGCGGAAAUCGGAUAUCGGAGAUCGGAAUCGUCAGUUAACGAGGCGGCGAUGCAGCAGCGUUCGUCAACUACAUCAAGAAAAGCACAAAAACAAGGAACCACCUGUACGAUUAUUUCUUUCUAUCGAGUCGUCUUCGGCUACUAGGACCGUUUUUCUCGAUUCUGCUCUUGGCACCAGCUUUGAGCAACACAGGGGAGAGCACUGGACAGCAAAGAGGGGUUUGGAAUGGGGCAUCUGCGUAGCCACCAAUGCUCUGCCCGCGGACCUGGGGCGUCAUUGCCGUCGCUUUUGUUCUCGCCAGCAUCAUCAGUUCGAGGACUCUUUCAGCCAGCCAUAAAAGCGCUCGCAAUUUCGCCUUGCUUCAGUGAACGUCAGCACACACCUUGCCAGCCCUUGAACAUCGCCCAAGGUGACGACAGAAAUGCCGGCAUUCAUCAGACGAGCCAGCCCAUGAUAGCGACAGGCGUAAUCGACAGUGGAGGACUGUCUAAUGCUGCCUUGCCAAACUCGGUUGUUGAUCACUCUCGAAGCCCCCAGCAACGAGGGGCGUAUUUUUAGCCGAACCCAGCGGGUUGACCUUGGGAGCCCUGAUGCGCUAGGAAACCUCGGGUCGGGAGGCCAAAUAAGUCACGUGUGACUUGCACCCCCAGACGGCAACGCCAGCGAGCUGACCACGGUAAAACGUGUCUGCAGCAGACGAGAAGACGAGCGGGCAAGAUUAACUGACAGCAGCAGAGGAUUGAAAGACGGUAAACCUGCACACCGAGCUCCCUUUCGUUUUCCUUCUCUCCGGAACACGCUUGGAAUGUAACCUCACCAAUGGCUUUGAUACCAAGUGGUACAGCGCGAUCCUCUCAGAGGGUUGAAGUCUAUUUGCGGAGUUUUCGGAGUUGCCGACGGAAAGCAUUCCCGUCGCCUUUUGAUUUCAGCUCCUUGCUUUGUUCAACGUCCCAGCGAGACUUGACCGCUUCCGGUUUCGACAUCAGUUGAUGCCUGAUAUUGGCUCGGGCUAGGGUGGAGGUUGCUUUCCCGGGUGUGCCUUUAAAGGCCGGUCGGGGAUGUCUUUUGGAAUGGAAGUGAUGGUCCGGUCCAUGCCGAUGCAUCUUGGCAAAAAGGAGGGGCGUCUUGCUCUCUGCCGCUCCCUCCGCCUUCUUGGGGAUGGGCUAAGUUCAGGACUUGUCUUGCUUGGUGGACUGUUGGGCCGAUUCCAUGUCGCGCCCAGCUCGGUCCCUCGCACUAGAGGUAGGAACCCACUUUUCGGUACGUAACCAUCGCUCUGAGGUGGGUAGAUACUCUCCUCGAAUAUACCGUCAACUCUUCUCUUGACUUCAAAUGCAUUUUGGCCCAUCGUGUGUCUCCAAGUGCUCGACACGCUCACUUCGAGGGUACCUGUAUGC